UCUCAUCAAGGAUACCUUUUUUUGCAAAAGAUGAAUCACUGCAAUGGUUAAAGACUUAAAGUACACCAAUAAGUACUUCACUAUCUCCCUCUAAAGCUUCAUAUCUGAAACUCCCUUUGCCUAUACUUCCCUUUCCUCUUAAAGACUUCCAUGGAGAGAAGAAACCCUAACUCAAGCACCGAAGAAGAACUGGCCUUCCUAAAAGCUGCAGCAUGGAUAUGGUACCAACAUGGAUCAGGCUCAUCGGAAGGCAAACCACAGCGCGAAUUCAACCUCAUAGCGACAUGGAGAGCCCCGGGACCAUCUCGAUACAAGCUAGAAGCGACGAGGAUAGCCGAUGAAAACACGGCGAGAUCAUCAUCAUCAUCAUCAUGGUCACCAAGCAUAAAUUUAACUCCAAUUCACACAGACAAUUCUCUACUUGAUCAAUAUGAAGUUGGGAGGAUAUCCAAGCAUCUAGAGUAUCUCAUUGAAGCUAAUAGUGCCGGAAAUCGACAUCACCGGAAAGAAUAUGAGUCGGUGUCGCCGGAGAGUAGGAAGAAGAAGAAGAGCAAUAGAUUGGUUAAUGGUUUAUUGCUAAGGCAGGCAGCUGGGAUAUGUGGUUCAAGGGAAGAUGUGGUGGAAGGGAUAAUGCUAGGUGGGCGGCGGCUUCCACAGUAUGGUUCCGUCAUUGGCUUAGCCAAGUGCCGUCCAAGAGCUAAAGAUGCCAAGUGAAACUCUAUUAUUGCCAUGUUUGGUUUGAUUGUUGUCUCCUUGUGGGUAGAUUUUGUGUGUAGAGUUUGUCAAUAGGAAGAAAAGUCUUUUGCUAUACUUGUUUGUGUAUCGUUGAGGUAGCGGACAUUGUAUGAUACAAACAUGAAAUUUAUGUGUGGGGGACCUAUUGAUUUGAUGAUGGAUGUGUAGAUCUAUUUCAAUUUCAUUUUACAUUAGUUAAUUUAUUAUUCUGUUGGUAAUUAUGUAUUUGCUACUCAAUCUAUUGUGUCGAGUUUGGAUCUUCUGCCUGUACGUGGAAUGUAAUACGUAUAUUUUCAUAUUUUGAACACGUGUUCUACUUUGAAAGUGAUCAAGCUCU